AUGAGCGCUUCCGAAGAGACGCCCGAGCAGCUCCAGGCGCGUUUGACUGACCUGACAACCCACGCUGCUGCAAAAGAUGCCGUGAAAGACCACAAUGGCGCCGCCGAGCUGUACUCGCAAGCCACCGAGAUCCAAGCCGAGUUGAAUGGAGAAAUGUCGCUGGAAAACGUGGGGCUGCUGUAUGCCUAUGGAAAGUCCCUCUUCAAUGUCGCCGUGAGCAAAAGCGACGUUCUCGGUUCGAAAGUUACUGGCGAUGCCUCGCAGUCGGAGACCACCGCGACAAAGCCAUCGGGAGCUGAAUCUACGAAGUCCGGCCCUAUCAAGUCCGCAGUCUCGGGACCGGGUCCAAAGACGUCUCUCGACUCUGAACAGAAACCCAAGGGUCCGCUUUUCCAGUUUACCGGCGAUGAAAAUUUCGAGGACUCGGAUGAAGAUGAAGAAAAUGAGGACAAAGCGGGGGAAGAAGAGGAAGAGGAUGACGACUUUGCAAACGCAUUCGAGGUCCUGGACCUAGCACGAAUUCUGUCGCUCAGAAAGCUAGAAGAGAUAGAAGAAAACACGACCGGAAAGGAAAAAGCGGUAGAGAUUGACCCCGCAACAAAACAAAUCAAAGAACGUCUCGCAGAUAUCUAUGACUUGCAGGCGGAAAUCUCUCUGGAGGGCGAAAGGUUCGACAACGCGGUCUCGGAUCUCCGGGCCGCUCUUGAGAUCAAAGAAGUGCUAUUGCCUUUUGAGGAUGCCUCGAUAGCCGAGUGCCACUACAAGCUCUCGCUUGCUUUGGAAUUUGCUUCGGUCACCCAAGAAGAGAAUGACGGGGAGCAACAGGAAGAAAAUAAACCCGUUGUGGUGAACGAAGAAAUGCGAAAAGAGGCCGCAAAACACAUGGAGACCGCUAUCGAGAGCUGCAAGGUCCGAACGACACAAGAAGAGCAGAAACUCGCAAAUGGGGAGAUUGAUGGAGAAGACAAAAUCAAUGCUGCCAAAAGAAAGAUUGCGAAUGUCAAGGAGAUAGUCAAGGACAUGGAGCAACGACUACUUGACCUGCAUCGUCCACCCGUCUCGAUCAACGAUCCGGCCCAGGAAGCGGACGCAAUGGACGCGUUGAACGGGAUACUCGGACAAAUUAUUGGGAAAUCAUCCGAGGAGAAGAAGGCUGCGCUUGAAGAUGUCACGAAAGGCGCCACCGAUCUGUCUUCGCUGGUGCGGAAAAAGGCACCCUCCAGUGCCAAACGACAACACGAUAGUACCGAGGAAGCAGAAACAUCAAAACGGGCUAAAACAGAGGAACCAAAUGAAUAA